AUGCGAAUUGCACUCAUUUUAUUACUGUCUUUUAAAGUGGCAUUGUUUGAAUCUAAGUCUUCCAAGUACAAACACAAAGGACUUAUAGCCAAUGGGGAAAUGUAUAAUGUUGAAGACUAUCCAUACAUUAUGUCUGUAAAAGUAUUGGUACCUCAUAAAAGGAUAGAGACUUGCACAGGCUCGUUGUUAACAGAAUUGUUCGUAUUGACGGCUGCUCACUGUAUUUACGGUAAAGACAAAAGGGAUAUAAAAGUAUAUCAAGGUUCAUGGAUAAAAAAUCAUGAUUUACGAAACGUAGUCAAGCUAUUCGUACACGAAAGCUAUAACCCUGUAUCUGAAGUUAUAAUUGGAGAUAUUAGUAUAUUGGAAAUGGAAAAACCAUACCCUCAUAUUAAGGAAUAUGCAAUGAAGGAUUUAUGA